AUGGAGAGUGACAGUAUUCAGGAUGAGACCAUUUGGGCUCCAGGAACAGUCAGGCUAGAAGAUAUCCACCAAUCCAGAGACCAACUGGUACUAUUCCCCACGCCAUCAGCCGACCCCAACGAUCCUCUUAAUUGGUCGACAGCUCGCAAAGCCCUCAACUUCACCCUAGUAAGCUUCUUUGUGCUAUGGACUUUUGUCCAACUCGAUAUCGGCUUCACAGCAUGGGGCCCAAUGCAAGACGAGCUCAACUUCUCAGUCGAUCUACUAAACGCCAACGCAGCGGUCAAUUACGGCGGUCUUGCUAUAGGCUGCAUAUUCUUUAUGCCCCUGGUCCACAAGUACGGCCGACGCCCAAUCUACAUAUUCAGCGUGGCCUUACAACUCGCAUCAUCCAUCUGGCAAGCCGAGAUGUACACGAUCGGCGAUCUAAUGGGUAGCGGCCUGAUAUCCGGCAUCGGCGGCGCAAUCAGCGAGAUCGUUGUGCAGAUUACCAUCGCGGACAUGUUCUUCGUGCACCAGCACGCCACUAUGAACGGCUGGUAUGUCGUCGUCCAGUGUGCAGGAGCAUUCCUUGGCCCCGUGGCAUCGGGGUACAUCGUGGUGGCACAAGGGUGGAGGUGGAUGUGGUGGUGGUGUGUCAUUUUCUUCGGUGUCACACUCCUCUGUGUGGUAUUCCUUUUCGAGGAAUCGAAAUAUGUCCCUUAUUUGGAUGGUCGGGAGUUUACCGCGGAUGUACAAGUGACCGAUGAACCGUCCAAAUCACGCAAAGAUAGGGACGCAGCAGAUGCAAAGAGCGCCAAUGAGACGAUCGCUAGCCCCGUACAUACCAACCCGGAUAUUCCGAUGAAGACGUAUUUUCAGCGGAUGGCUUUGGUGACCAUCACCAACGAAGCUCUGUGGCCGCAUUUUUAUCAACCAAUCGUGGCGCUCUUUACCUUCCCGGCCGUUUCAUAUGCAGCUAUCACAUACGGAUCUAUGCUGAGCUGGUUCGCGAUCAUGACUUCCUUACAGGCAUCGUACAUGAUCAUACCGCCUUAUAACUUCGAUGCCAUUGGCGUUGGGCUGAUGAAUGUGGCUCCAUUUGUUGGCGCUCUUCUAGGUUUCCCCUUUGGUGGACAUUUAAGCGAUAAAUCUAUUUUAUGGUUAUCCAAACGCAAUGGCGGUAUUUACGAACCGGAGAUGCGUCUUUGGCUUGCUCUACCUCUUGCCAUUAUUGGCCCCGCGGGGAUACUAAUGUUCGGUUUGGGCCUUGCCUAUGGUGUGCACUGGGCUCUUCUUGCCGUGGGAUUUGGAUUCUUUGGAUUUACACUUGCUUCAAUUAGCGGUAUCACCCUCUCGUAUCUCAUGGAUUGCUAUCAAGACAUCAUUAGCGACGCAUUAGUCGGAGUGAUUUUUAUGCGAAAUAUCUUCUCGGUGGUUGUACUCUUUGCUUUGACACCUUGGGUCGAAGGGAUGGGCUUGCGAGACUUGCAUAUUCUGCUUGCAGUUAUUGCAUUGGUGGUCCUGUUGAUUCCUGUUCCACUUCUUGUCUGGGGUAAGAAGGCUAGAAUUGCUACGGCCGCGAGUUAUAGGAAAAUGGCGGCAAAUCAGCUCAGCCACCGGACUACUUAG